AUGGGCGUGCUCGACGAGGUGUCGCUCGCCGCUGGCCUCGGCGAGGAGCUGGGCGGCAUGGCGCUCUCGGACCUGCAGGCGGCGACGCAGACCCGGGUGAGCAUCCAGCUCGGAGGGCGCCAGCCAGGCAUCGGCGGCUCCACGAGCACGGGGCAGCUCGGCCUGCUGCUGCGCCUGGUCAGGGCUCGCCUGAGCCCCGCGGUCGCGGCGCGCCUGAAGGGGUGCGCCGCGGGCGCGGCGGGCGCCGUAGCUCGAGCGCGGGGCCGGCUGGCAGAGGACAUCUCGGGCGUGAUCAGGGCCCGCACUUUCUGCUGGGGCAGCGGGCCCGCCUGCUCACCUGCGGCGGUGUCGACAUCCCUGUGCUUCGGCCGCCACCGGGGCCAGAGGCGGUGGCGCUGCUCGCGGCGGAGAGGUGCGGCCGGCUCCACGCUCGGGGCUUUGCCGCCAGGCCCGCCGGUUUCACCUUCGUGCUCGUCGGAGACCUACCACCGGACGAGGAGCUCGGCCGGCUGUUGGGCAGGCACCUUGGCGCGCUGCACGGAGGGCAGACCGAUUCUUGGCUGUCGGCGGGUACGUUCGUACCCUCGGCGCUGCCCGCGGACUUUGCCACGGGCGUCGUGCGAGAGACAAUCUUCAGCAGCACCGCGGAGAAGGCAACCGUACUCUUGA